AACUUGGGUGCUCGGGUGCCGCUCCAGUGUCGCUUGCAUAGCCGGAUAUGGCCGCGAGUGCUUAAGGUCCCGGCUGUCUUCCGGAGCCCGCUGCGGCGGUUAGUGGGUCGGAGAUCAGGGAUGGAGGCCGUGGCAACCGGGACGGCGGCGGAGAGGAAGCCCGACGAUGACUGCGUGGAGCCCAGACGUGCGCACUGGGGGGAGCUGAGCCCGACUCCUGUCCCAUCUGUGUCGCAAGACAAGGAAGCAAAGGAGAGUGCGCCAGGCGUCCCCAGUGGUGCCACCUCCCAGGCUGAGAGUCCCGCCGUGAGUGCCAUGUUGCACGCCAUCGCUGCCAGCCACCUGCCUGUGUGCAGCCAGCAGCAGGGCGAGCCCGACCUGACAGAGCGUGAGAAGGUGGCCAUCCUGGGCCAGCUGUACCACCAGAAGCCCCUGGUGUUCCUGGAGCGCUUCCGCACAGGCCUCCGGGAAGAGCACCUGGCCUGCUUCGGCCACCUGCGAGGGGACCACCGAGCCGACUUCUACUGUGCCGAGGUGGCCCGGCAAGGCACUGCCCGGCCCCGCACCCUGCGCACCCGUCUGCGUAACCGGCGUUAUGCUGCCCUUCGAGAGCUCAUCCAAGGAGGAGAGUACUUCAGCGACGAGCAGAUGCGGUUCCGGGCCCCGCUGCUGUACGAGCAGUACAUAGGACAGUACCUCACACCGGAAGAGCUCAGUGCCCGCACGCCGGCCCCCCAGGCCCCCAGGCCCGGCUCCCCCAGCACGCCGGCCUACCCACUCUCCGACCUGCUCUUCCAGUCCUACCAGGAACGAGAGCUUCAGCAAAAGCUGCUCCGGCAGCAAGAGGAGGAGGAGGCCUGCCUGGAGGAGGAGGAGGACAGUGAUGAGGAAGACCAGAGUUCAGACAAGGACUCGGAGUCCUGGGUGCCCGACUCGGAGGAGAGGCUGAUCCUGCGGGAGGAGUUCACCAGCCGCAUGCACCAGCGAUUCCUGGAUGGCAAGGAUGGGGGCUUUGACUACAGCACGGUGGAUGACAACCCUGACUUUGACAACCUGGACAUCGUGUCACGGGAUGAGGAAGAGCGAUACUUUGAUGAGGAGGAGCCCGAGGAUGUGCCCAGCCCAGAACUAGAUGGGGACUGAAGGCUCCACCCUUCAGCCGGUGACACACCGUGCCCGUCCGUUGCAGGCUGUCUUGGUGACUCGGGCCAUCAGGGCAAGCCCCUAGGCCUGGCACUCCUCAGACAGUGCCCCCACUUCUGUUUAUGGGGUUCCCACUCUUCUCCCGGGGACAUCACUGCCCCGCCCCCCAGCCCACCUCUGCCUUUCUCUCUGCCGUAAGGUUUGCUGUGUAGCGCCAGCUAGCCUGUUGAUGGCUUUGUAGCCCCGUCUGGCCUGAAACUCCGGCCUCCCGCCUCCCACAGGCAAAUCGUGCCUGGCCUCCCAGUCUUGCUCUUACUACCUCUCCCCUCAGGCCACUGUCCCCUCCUCUAGUUUCCAAGGUCUCUAACUUGUGCCCUUCCGCCUUCCUGUUAUGAGUGCUGUGCCCACAGUCUGGUGGCUGCAGCCUCUGGGCUUCUCCAUCUCUGCCCUACACUGGCCACCUCUUUGCUUUCACAGAGGACCCAUCUCCUCUGCAGCUCCGUUUCUGUCUCUCUCCUUGCUGUCUGUCCCUCUGUCUCAGCCCUUAUGGCUCUGUUUCUCUAUGUCGUGGUCUGUCCCCCCCCCAGGCAUGGCAGAAGCCUGAGACUUCCCUGUGGGUAGGGGGCGGGGGGGGGGCACCCUGGCUCAGAACGCUGGCAGAGUCAGAGCUGGGGGCCACAGGGCCAGCCUGGGUGUAGGAAGAAUUUGAAGGGGACUUUCCCCUACCUGCCCCCCUUCCCAGCCACAAUUUUCCUUUCCUUCACUUCCUCCCUCUCCCUCUCCUGUUUACACUCUCCAAAUACACAUAGGCUGUUA